GUAACACCUACCUAACCUAUGCAGACAUCUGUCAUUUUCCAUAUACGGUCCAUUAUAGUAAUUAUUUCUCUUGCUACCUUUUUUUGCGUUUCGUGUAUAUAUGCGUUCAAGUCGCGAAAUCGGCUUUUUCCCCGAAAUCCCGAAAGGUUCCCCUUAUCACUGCCUUCGGUAGAAUAAGGGGUAGAACCACCAACAAGACACUACACCAAGCGUCCAAUUCCUUGAGGUGUAUCUAUAAUAGAGUUAACAGGACAAACUUUUACAAUUACGAAUUAUUGAUGCGGCAGUUCUCCAGAAUAAAACUGAGCAUUCGCUUUGACCAUGUCUCGAAAGAUUCACCCAGCAUCUCAGCCAGAUUGGAAUAAUCUUAGCAUUCUUCACAAGAACACCCUUCCUCCUCGAGCCAAUUUCUAUACGUAUAACACGGUGCAAGAUGCCCUGGCCUUUGACAGCACCAAAUCCAAUACCUAUUCGCUCUCAGGAACUUGGAAAUUCAAGUUUGCAGAAAAUCCAUUUGAGGGCCCGGAAGGAUUUGAGGACCCGACCUUCGAUACAACAGAAUGGGACAACAUACCUGUGCCUAGCAUGUGGCAACUGAACGGCUACGGAAAGGGGCCUCACUAUACUAAUGUCAAUUUCCCCAUUCCCGUUGACCCACCUAAUGUACCUUUUGAUAGGAAUGAGACCGGGUUCUACGUCAAGAAAUUCACGAUCUCCGAAAAACUUAGGAGCAUGCAGCUGAGGUUGAGGUUCGAGGGAGUCGAUUCUGCUUUCCACGUCUGGGUGAACGGAAAGGAGGUGGGGUAUCAUCAGGGGUCACGGAACCCGUCCGAGUUCGAUGUCACAGGUGUAAUCCACGAAGCGAGCGAAAAUACUGUCGCAGUUCAAGUCUAUCAAUACUGCGAUGGCACUUAUAUCGAGGAUCAGGACCAAUGGAGGAUGAGCGGGAUUUAUCGUGACGUUUACCUUCUUGGGUUUCCACCAGAGUCGCGUAUUGAAAACCUAUUCGUCCAGACAAAGCUAGACAGCCAGUAUAUCAAUGCGGAACUGAAAAUCCGGGUAGAUAUUACCGGGACCGGCGAACUCCAAGUCGACCUUUGGAAUCCAUCUAAGAGCAAGGUCAUUGCUACGAAGGCAAGACCCGUCUCUCAGGGAUAUCCUGAGUUCUCUCUCUCCCUACCGAAUCCUUCAAAAUGGACGGCAGAAACACCAACACUGUAUUACCUUGUUGUCUCUUUAAACAAUACGAGCUUCGUUGCUCAUCGUGUGGGAUUCCGACAGGUAGAAAUGAAGGACGGCUUAAUUAAAGUCAAUGGUCGCCGGAUCGUCCUUAGAGGUGCUAAUCGACACGAGCAUCAUCCUAUGUUUGGGCGUGCUGUACCGUAUGAAUUCAUGAAGCGGGAUCUGAUUCUUAUGAAAACCCACAAUAUCAAUGCGAUCCGAACCUGCCACCAACCAAGCGAUGUCCGCCUAUAUGAUCUAGCUGAUGAGUUAGGAUUCUGGGUCAUGGACGAGGCCGAUCUUGAAUGUCACGGCUUCGAGUCAAUUUGUGAUGCAGCGCUCUCUCCUGCGGAUAGGGCACUUCCAUUCCGGGAGCGACAACUCCUCACACGAAAGGAUGCUGCUCAGUGGACAACAGAUAAUCCUGCUUGGGAGCACGCCUAUGUGGACCGCGCGAAACAACUAGUUUACCGUGACCAACUUCAUCCCUCUGUUAUAAUAUGGUCUCUUGGAAACGAGGCUUUCUUUGGCCGGAAUUUCAAGCCCAUGUACAAUUGGAUCAAGUCAUAUGACGACAGCCGACCCAUACAUUAUGAAGCCGACAUAUAUGCUGAGACCAUGGACAUGUACUCAACCAUGUACCCACCGAUAGAAACCAUCGUCGAAUUUGCGAAGGACGAUUCUAAACGCAAGCCCCUUAUCCUAUGCGAGUUUAUUCAUGCGAUGGGCAACGGUCCAGGUAACAUUAAGGAGUAUAUCGACGCUUUUUACAGUCAUCAGAAACUUCAAGGCGGCUUUGUCUGGGAAUGGGCGAACCACGGUCUCCUUAAGAAAGAUGAGGAAUCCGGCGAUGAGUUCUAUGCCUAUGGUGGAGACUUUGGUGAUGAACCGAAUGACAGCAAUUUCAUUAUGGACGGGGUAUUGCACUCUGACCACACACCAGCCCCUGGAUUGGUUGAAUACAAAAAGGCGAUUGAGCCUGUCAAGGUCGUGUCCUACACAUCGCACACAGCCACGAUCAUCAAUAGAUAUGACUUCAUUACGCUUGAUCAUAUUGAAUGUACUUACGUUAUCUUAGACGAGGGCGAACCAACCGCUCAUACUGGCAAGAUCGAAAUCCCAUCUGGCAUACAACCUGGCCAAACCGCCGAAUUAGCACUCCCCCCUCGAUCCAGGAAUUCAACUGGAGAAGAAAUAUUACAAUUGAAUUUUUGCCAACGCGCCGCUACCCCGUCUCUUCCAGCUGGGUUUGAAAUCGCCUUCGAAGAGAUCCCGUUAAAUAACCCUUCCCUUCCCCCUUCCCUUCGGUUUCAGUCACCUGAAAACUUGACUAUUACUGAAACAUCGACUCUUUGGUCAAUUUCGAGCCCGGGUACAUCAUGGACUUUUUCGCCCGUCCACGGAAAACUACGAUCCUUCAGAAAGAAUCACACCGAGCUCCUAGCUGUGGGUCCAGAGUUCACCGCUUACCGGGCACCGACGGAUAACGACGCGCCUCAAGACGGGCGCGACUGGAAAAACAGGCUGUUGCACCUUGCUAAGUGCCAGACGCGUAGUUGCCGGCUGGAUACCGAACCAGACGGACACGCUGUCGUAAUCCGGGUGGAACAGCGAUUUUCUCCGCCUGUCCUUUCGUGGUCCGUUGAUCUCGACAUCACUUACACGUUCUUCGCAUCGGGUGCUCUCGCCAUACGCGUCAGGGGCAAGCCAAAGGGGUUGAACUUGCCACGCACGCUUCCGCGCAUAGGCAUCACCAUGCAGCUGCCAAGCGAGUGGGCCGGAGGAAAUAAGGAUGCGGCGGCCGUGACUUGGUAUGGACGCGGGCCGGGCGAGAGCUACAGGGACAAGAAGUUGUCGCAGCGCCUGGGCGUAUAUCAAGUCGCCCAGGUGUCCGAGCUCUGGACCGACUACGAGUACCCCCAAGAAGGCGGCAACAGGACGGACACGCGAUGGGUGAAUUUCACGCAUGUCAGUGGCGAAUCGCUCGCGGCUCGGUUUUCGGAUCUGAAUGACCCCGAUACGAAGCGGAAGCUGUUUGAUUUCAACGCUUCGCAUUACAGGGUGGCAGAUGUGGAGGCGGCGAAGCAUCCCUACGAGUUACGCAAGAAGAAGACGGAGAAUGUGGUCUUGAGACUUGAUGCGGCGCACCACGGAUUGGGAAGCGGCUCUUGUGGACCAAGUACGAGGGAUGAGUACCUGUUGUUGACAGAGGAUUUCGAGUUUGUUGUUGUGUUAUCUUAAAGCCUUGCUAAGGCCAUGACUUCUUAGAAGCGCAUCGCAACUGUUUCCACAAUUUAUAUCGCUUCCAUGUCUAUAUCGACAUGAAGAUACAAUGUAUGGAAAAAUAAAAAUAAAAAUAAACUGGGUUAUCGGUAUUGCUUGAACUUAGCUUGAACUCGAAGUAUUCAUACAACAGUAGACCAUUCAGCGAUUCCUCAUCCCUAAGCCGAUUGUG